AUGGUCCGAAUGAAUUCCGCUGCUCGUGUUUUGGCGGUUGAAGCGGGGGGUGCAGUGAAGCUGCUGAGGUGGAAGAGUGUGGUGAUCUGCCAGUUUCCCCGCUUUGGUGAAUUCCUAAUUUGCUUACAUAAGCCCCUCAUAUUACAGUUGAGCUGCUCUCUGCAACGAGCCUCGAGGCUUGUAAAGCCCAACAACCCUCUCCGCCGGACCCUCGACCCUCGUAUAAGCAGGCCAGUGAUUGGAUCCAAAAGAAAGCUUCCUUCCUUCCUUCCUUACUACAUCCACUCCGGAAAAAACUAA